AUGGGAGUAUCAUGUGUGUGCCAUUUGCCCGUGGCGGAGGGGAAGAGCGUGCAGCAGACGGUGGAUCUUCUGCAUAAGAAGCUGGAGCAACUCGGAGCUGUGAAGCAACAGGGAAACUUCAGUGUUGACUGUGAAACAUACCACCCCACUGCUACCACAAGCGCUCAGCCCUCUAAGCUGCUGUAUGUGAUGCACACUUCUGAAACUCCAUUGAGCUGCAUGGCCCUGUUUGAAGGGGGGCCUUGUCUCGUUGCAGAUGCAAAUUUUGAUGUGCUCCUGAUAAAACUAAAAAGCCACUUUCAGAAUGCCAAGGGACACAAAGUGGAGUGUAGAGGACCAAAAUAUCGCUACAGUGACUUCUCAAUCAAAGUUGGGACGGUCACAAUAAGCUCGAGUGCCAGAGGGAUAUCUGUUGAGGUGGAGUACUGCCCUUGUAUUGUUCCAGGAGACUGCUGGAAUCUAAUGAAGGAGUUCAUGCAGAGUAUUCUUGGCCCUAAUGUUCCUGAAUUACCAUCGGUUUUCACUUUAUACUGGGGAUUGAUCCACGCUACUCUGUUCGGGGGGUGGACCGUGGAGUGGACCGUGGAGUGGACCGUGGGGUGGACCGUGGGGUGGACCGUGGAGUGGACCGUGGGGUGGACCGUGGGGUGGACCGUGGGGUGGACCACCGCGUUUUAUUACUUAAUAUGUUUUUCUUCGUGGUGA